AUGGCUACCCUCCUCAGAUGGGCCAGAAACACGUUUCCAAGACCGCCCUCCCCUCCCAUGUGUUUUCCCACUGGCGGCUUCGAAACCGUCGGUGCGUCUAAGAUACUUGACGAGGAACGUUUCGAAGAGUUCAAGAAAGGACAUUAUUAUCCCGUCAAUAUUGGCGAUGUCUUCAGUUCCAAAUAUCAGGUCAUUGCCAACCAGGAAGAGUUCCAGGUUUAUAAGCAUCUGGACAAAGGGAACCCAUCACAUCCUGGCUAUGCUCAUGUGAGAAGAGCACUAGAUAUAUUCACCAUUCCUCGUCCUGGAGGGGGCCAUCACUGCCUUGUUCAGAAACCAAUGUGGGAGAGUUUCAGGGAUCUGCUAUAUGGCAACCCUAAUCAUCGAUUUACUACGGAUCUACUCAAGACUGGUCUCAUGCAGGUUUUCCUUGCGCUUGACUAUCUCCAUACCGAAUGCAAGCUUGUCCAUACUGACAUCAAGGGUGAUAAUAUUCUUCAAGAAAUAGAGGACAGAGCUCUCCUUGACAGUUUUACUAGAGCUGAACUGGAGAACCCUUCGCCGCGAAAAUUCGUCAACGGCGUGCUAGUGUAUGCUUCUCGACGGUUUGAAUUGCCAAAGACAUUCGGCCGAGCCGUCCUGAGUGAUUUUGGUUCAGCUGUACGAGGAGAUGAGAGGAGAAAUCAUGACGCACGGCCCAAUGUUUACAGAUCGCCAGCAGUAAUGGUGAAAACUGAAUGGAGCUACCCAGUUGAUAUAUGGAACGUUGGCGUCAUGAUCUGGGAUCUGUUUGAGGGCAAGCACCUGUUCUAUGGCAAUGAUCCUGAUGGGAAAGGGUAUCCCACCCGUGCACAUCUUGCUGAGGUAAUUGGCAUUCUGGGGCCGCCUCCUUUAGAUAUGCUCAAAAGUGGUAAAAGGAGUCAUGAGUUUUUUACUGAGGACGGGAAAUGGAAGCAGGACGUCGAGGUACCGAAACAAGUAAGUUUGGAAACGUUGGAAGAGUUUCUCGAGGGGAGAAAUAAGGAAAUGUUUUUGGCCUUCAUGAGGAAAAUGCUUCAAUGGCGACCUGAGGACAGAAAGACGGCAAAAGAUCCGUGGCUAAAUGACGAGAUAAAAUAG